GCAUGUACCUGUCAUGAGCAAUCAUGAGAUAAGAUUACAAUUGAUAUUACUUGCGACUGUGAACGUGUAACAUCAUUUCUACUUACUUCUUCCUUCUUAAAAUGGCGAUCAGAAUAGAAUUCUUCAGAUCAGUACCUGGGACAUUGAAGAUUCUGGAAAUUGUAUUCAGUUUGAUUAGUCUCGUAUUAUACCUAAUAGACAAUGAUUAUUUUGCUGUUCGUUCAGAAUUCUUCAUGGGAGUCAUCGUUGCUAUGGUAGUUGCCAUUGUAAUAUUAAUGCUCUACCUCAUUGGUAUUUCUGAAGCGCUAGGUCCAUUCAUGGGGUUGCAAACCUACUUCCAUUUGAUUUGGAUGUUCUACAUGACAGGAAUAUCGUCCAUUGUAUUGAAUGGAGCUAAUUCCAAUUUCGAAGCAGUAUGUGCUGGUGUCUUUGGUUUGAUACUUGCAGUGACGUACUUGAUCGAUGCACUACAUGGAUUCAGAUCGAGCCCUCCGAUGCCUUUUUCUCUCUAGUUCUAAAAUAAGCCAAGGAUACUAGUCGACACAUCUCAUUUUAACAUAAGAAUACCUAGUUUAGAGUUCGGACAAUUCUCCAAAUUGAAAGACCGCUUCUGAGUUUCUUAUACUCGGAAUUCUAUACUCAUCAAAACUUGAUUCAAAUUCUUGAAUAUAUACAUCUAUAUGAUCGAAAUAAAUCAUAUAAAUCAU